GUUUAUCGCCCGACAUAUAGAAACCUGACCAAUUCUUAUCUGAGCGCUUCCUUUGGUGGUUUAUUGACUUCCGAGGACACAUAAGGUGUAUAAAACAGGCUUCCAUUGAAGGUGAAUCUGUUCAGUGUAUUUUAAGUUUACUGCGAUGUGGUCGUUAUUUCUAGUUGCCCUACAGCUUUUCUUGGUAUCACAGAAGUCCACUUUGGCUGAUGAUGACCGUUGUCAGAAUGUUCCAAACCUAAGCUACAUUCCUAGUCCAAACGCUUGCUACCUAUACUACAACUGUAUCGAUGGUAACGCAUAUCCACAAAUCUGCCCGCAGGAUGAAUGGUUUUCUAUGCAGCAGCAGCAGUGCGUACCGAAAGAGCAAUCGGAAUGCGAUUUAGCCGAACCUCCCGCACUGCCAGAAGCGCCAGCUCCAGAACCAUCACCUUUAUGUGACGAUAUACCAAACUUCCGUUACGUGGCCAACGUUGACUCUUGCCAGUGGUAUUAUCAGUGUAUCGAUCGGAUCGCAUAUCUUGUAUCCUGUCCGUUGUUUUACUGGUUCGACGAAACACUUCAGCGCUGUGGAACGCAAUUUGAUGUGGAAUGUGAUCAUGUGCAAACAACCACCACACCGGUUGCAACACCUCCUACUGUGGAUCCUCUUGAUAUAUGCUAUGGCCAACCAGACACCACUUUAAUCCCUAGUAAUACGCUAUGUGACCGAUAUUACUCCUGCUAUCAGAAUGUAGCUUACCCGAACAAUUGUCCAAAUGGAUUGUGGUUUAAUCCAGAAACAGGCGAGUGUGACGAUCCAGAAAAUGUGGAAUGUGCCGCUAAUACAAUAUCACCUGAAUGAGUGUUACCCUGCAAACGAACUUAUCAUCCGGCACUUUCCUCAACUUUGGGCACCGAAACAAGUUGCAAUCUUGUUGUUAUUCACGUCACUUAUGUGAGUGUCUGUCUGUACCGUUAUACACGUUCCUGUACCAAGCUUCAAACGAUUGUUUGAUUAUGAUUUUAUCUUAUACGUCAACAUGUGAACCAGAUUAGCCAAAAAAUCCGAGUUUCAGGAAACAAUUAAACCGUCUCGUCUGAGUUGCUUUCGUGUUAUCACUGGUCAAUAAAAAAAACUCUGAUAACGACCUAACCACCAACACGACAUUUGGCCGUGACGUCAUGUGUUCUUGCUUACAAUUCUUAUUAAUAU